AUGUCGGAUGAUCCAGAGUCAGAGUCAAAAGGCGAAGGAGUCGCUCAGUCACAGUACAAGACGCCGAAUACAAUGACCGCCGUCACGAAGCCUGAGCCUGCAGUCGUCGCUUCUGCUGUCCGGAAAGAUGAAGCUGAAGCACGUGUUGAAGAACGCGGAAUCGCGGGAACGGAUAUAGAGGACUUGUACUUGUACAGUUCUUCGAGCGCCGGGAGAGGAUCUGAUAGAUGGGAGGUUGACAGCUGGGAUCCGAAUUAUACUGCUGGGGAUUACACCGUCACAUGUUGCAAAUGUGCUGUGAUGUGA